AUGAAUUCGAACACGCAACAUAAACAACUUAAAACGCGUAUCAGUAGUGAGGAUGAAACUAGCACAGCGCCAAUAACUGAAGCCAGUUCGCAUGAAGACUUAAUUUCAAGAGAUACCAAUGACAGCGAGGAGAAAGCGAAAGAACGAAAAUCACAUGCUGACGGUCUACCGUUCUCUAGAUUUCUAUCGGUCCCGUCUUUGCGUAAUGUACGUACGAAACACCUAAGACGACCAAUAGCUUCUAGUCCAGCUAAAAGUGAACGUUUGAAAGAACAUAGUUGUCCGAGCGAUGAAUUGCCCAUAAGACGAUUAAGUCAAGAUAGCGGUAUUGUAGCGGGCCGUUUAUUUGUUGGAGGGCAGCCACCGUUCGUUGAAUCUGCUCCACCUGCUCAACGCCUCAGCUCGAAAACUUAUUCGGAAAAUACUUUCUCAUUCGUAGUAAACGAGCAACCACUUCCGAGGAACAAGAACUUUUUUGAGGCGUUUUCGAUGACAUCAAUGGGAGAGGAAAUGACAAGGCUGCCAUCUCUUAACUAUUACACAUCGGCCGAAAAUAAUUCGAUUAUUAGUCAAAAAUUAGGGAACUAUAAUGAAAAUUCGAGGCCAACAUAUCAAAAAUUAAAUGCGGAUAAUGAUCGUCAUGGCACUCAAUUAUCGACAAAUUUAGAAAGCUGCACUAAAAGACUAACGUCGAUUCAACCAUUCGGGCCUAAAGUGGAAAACAAUGAAGAUAUACCCGGUACAGCUAUGCAUCAUUCGUUGGGCCUGCAAUUAUCAACACCGCCAACUCCCGACCCCAACAACGAAAUGGAUGCACAAAGCGAAGAUAAUAAUACAAUAAAUAAUAAUUUAAAUUCGCCCUCUUCAGACACAUCCAAUAUGUUGCCAAAUCAAUUUGCCUACAAGCAAUUGAUGCCGUACGAGGGAAAUCUCACGCAUCCAUCGAUGGAAAGCAGCCUUGAUGGCAGUUACCACAGCAAUCAUAAAGUCACUAUGAAUCUGGAUAACGGUGUUACUAGAAAACUAAAAAACCAAGACAGCGAAGGCUUAGACGAUGAGUCUCUGAUGUUUCGAGACGGUCGUCGUAAAAUCGAUAUGGUUGUAGCUUGGGAAGAAGAGAAUUUAGGCGUUAUGACCGAAAGUGAGUCUAGAAAACGUGAUUGCCGUCGCACUUUUAUGGAAAAUUUGAUUAAAGAAGGCCUCGAAGUCGAAUUAGAGGAUAAAAUGCAAUCCUUUAACGAAAAAACCUUUUUUAUGAAAAUCCAUUUACCUUGGCGUCUGGAAACCCGUUUGGGGGAAGUUAUGAAUAUUAAAUUGCCCACCAAACGUUUCAUCACAAUAUCUGUUAAACCGUCCUGGGACGAGGAUAAUAUAGUGACACGUAAUGUACAACAUUGGAAGGAUAUCUGGCAGAAAAUUACCAAAAGAAUACAAUUAGAUCAUCAAGUGGUAGAAGGUGAAAUUUCUUUUAAAUCCGCCACUAGAAAUGGUAAUCCAGAGGAGCAAUUUAUUGUGAAGGAUCGUGCUACCGCUUAUACCAGUGCUCAGCGCUCUUUUAUGGUUAUGCAAGUCUUAGUGCGGACACCGUUCGACGAUAGCGAUCGCUGUGGCAUCAGACGUUUAUUGAACGAUAACACAUAUUUAGGUUGCUUCCCUUUACAUGAGGGUCGCUAUGAUCGGCCCCAUUCGAGCGGUAUAACAUUAGAUCGUCGCAUACUUUAUUUAACUUGGGCUCAUCCCUCGCAAUGGUAUAAAAAACAGCCGCUCUGCUUGGUGCGCAAAUACUUUGGCGAUAAAAUUGCUUUAUACUUUUGCUGGUUAGGUUUCUAUACGGAAAUGUUAGUCUAUCCAGCAAUAGUAGGCACACUUUGUUUCCUUUAUGGCUUAGCAACCCUCAAUUCGGAGGACAACACCCCAAGCAAAGAGAUAUGCAAUGAGAGCGGUACGGGUAAUAUAACAUUAUGCCCGUUAUGUGAUAAGGCCUGCAGUUACCAGCACUUAUACGAAUCAUGUUUAUUCUCACGUAUCACAUAUCUUUUCGACAAUCCCUCAACAGUAUUCUUCGCUAUAUUUAUGUCAUUUUGGGCCACGACAUUUUUAGAAUUAUGGAAACGUAAGCAAUCAGUCAUUGUCUGGGAAUGGGAUUUGCGUAACGUUGAAUCCGACGAAGAGAAUCGUCCCGAAUUCGAGACGAAUGCAACCAAUUUUCGCAUUAAUCCCGUAACAAGGGAACGUGAACCUUAUAUGUCCACUUGGAAUAGAUGGAUACGUUUUGCGAUAACUGGUAGUGCGGUUUUAUUUAUGAUAACAAUCGUUCUGUCGGCUGUUCUGGGAACAAUCAUUUAUCGCAUUUCAGUGGUCACUGUCAUCUAUGGUGGAGGCGGAUUUUUCGUUAAAGAACAUGCCAAAUUAUUUACAACAAUAACUGCGGCUCUCAUCAACUUGGUGGUCAUCAUGAUAUUAACUAAAAUUUACCACCGGCUGGCAAUAAGAUUAACAAAUCUCGAGAAUCCUCGAACCCAAACCGAAUAUGAAGACUCAUACACUUUUAAAAUUUUCUUCUUCGAGUUUAUGAAUUUUUACUCUUCCUUAAUUUACAUAGCAUUUUUUAAAGGCAGAUUUUUCGAUUAUCCAGGCGACGAUCAGGCGAGACGUAGUGAAUUUUUUCGCCUAAAGAAUGAUAUAUGCGAUCCAGCGGGAUGUUUGUCCGAAUUGUGCAUACAAUUGGCCAUCAUAAUGGUGGGUAAACAAUGUUGGAACAAUUUUAUGGAGUAUUUGUUCCCGAAAUUCUAUAAUUGGUGGCGACAACGCAAACAUAAAAAAGACACUAAAGAUGAAAGUCAUUUGCACAUGGCCUGGGAACAAGAUUACCAUAUGCAAGAUCCGGGACGUUUGGCCCUGUUCGACGAAUACCUUGAAAUGAUUUUACAAUACGGUUUUGUUACAUUGUUUGUGGCUGCUUUCCCAUUAGCUCCGCUAUUCGCGCUACUAAACAAUGUUGCCGAAAUACGUUUGGACGCUUACAAAAUGGUUACCCAAGCCCGAAGGCCGCUGGCUGAACGGGUAGAAGAUAUUGGAGCUUGGUACGGUAUUUUAAGAAUAAUUACAUAUACAGCCGUGGUGUCGAAUGCAUUUGUCAUCGCCUAUACGAGUGACUUUAUACCGCGAAUGGUCUAUAAAUUUGUUUAUUCGGAAACUUAUACCUUAAUUGGUUACAUAGAGCAUUCGCUUUCAUUAUUUAAUACAUCCGAUUAUAAAGAAGAGUGGGGCGCAAAGACUGAAAAGGAUCCGGAUACGUGCGCCUACAGGGGCUACAGAAAUGGUCCUCAAGAUUAUGAGCCCUAUGGCUUAAGCCCUCACUAUUGGCAUGUAUUUGCUGCACGCUUGGCUUUUGUUGUCGUAUUUGAGCAUGUGGUCUUUGUUUUAACUGGCGUUAUGCAAUUCGUUAUACCCGACAUACCCGCCGAAGUCCAAACGCAGAUGCAGCGCGAGCAAUUGCUGGCGAAAGAAGCGAAAUACCAGCACGGCAUUAAAAGGGCUCAGGGUGAUAAGCAAGAUUUAAUGAGUUUAUUCCGUGAGACGAGCAAUCGAAAUAAUCCCAAUACCCCAAUACCAGAGCUAGGAUCAGUAAUGCCCCGGCGAAGUUGGGCGCGACGUUUCUCGCGAUUAAGUGACACCCUGGAUGCUCAUGUCGAAGUUGCCGGCCGACCUAAACGAUCAACGGAAACAUCAACGGUAUGGGAAGUAUCCUGACAGGAAGAGGAGGCUGAAA